GGGGCCAGCUGAAAUAAAAGUGCGUAUGGCGCACCAAGAUGGAGGAUGCUGGAAGUAUGUGGAGCGAUCCUGGGGGCAUUAGAAGUUAUGUGCAGUUAAAUAGACACAGCCAGAGCUCUGAGAGAUAACAGGUAUUGAUGUAACUGGAGUGAAUAAGGGAACCUUCUUCCUGAGCACAGACAUUGGAGCCUGUUAUCAGCAUGAACUCAUAUGUGUUAGACACAGCCAGAGCUCUGAGAGAUAUCAGGUAUUGAUGUAACUGGAGUGAAUAAGGGAACCUUCUUCCUGAGCACAGACAUUGGAGCCUGUUAUCAGCAUGAACUCAUAUGUGUUAGAUAAGCACUUGAAUAGUUCAUAUCCAUCCUUCACUACAGGAAACAUCAGAAUGAAACCACAAACUCCAAAAGUCUUAGACACUAAUGACUAUUCACAAACAUUGGGGAUAUCACAGCAGAUAUUUAGCGAAGAUGGUGAAUUGGCAGGAACUGUGAAGCAAUCAUUAUGUACAGAGAGUAAUUUAGUCAUCAAACAAGAGGACAACAUUUAUGACUUAUCUAGUGAAAUUAUUAUCCCAGAGGAAAUACCACACACACUUACUGAGUUUUCAAAACAUAUUAAAGAAGGGAGAAGUCUACAGUCUAGCCAAAUGAUUAAAACAAAGGAGAAACCUUUCAAAUGUACAGAAUGUGAGAAAAGCUUUAGAUGGAAGUCUCCUCUACUAGAACACUACAAAAUUCACACAGGUGAGAAACAAUACACAUGUCCUGAGUGCGGCAAAUGUUUUACACAAAUGGAUUAUCUGAAAACUCAUGAAAGAGGUCACACAGGAGAAAACACUUUCAUUUGUGCAGAGAGUGGGAAAAGUUUUACACAAAAGGGUAAACUGAAAACUCAUGAAAGGAUUCACACAGGGAAAAAGCCUUUCACAUGUACAGAGUGUGGAAAAAGUUUUACACGAAAGAGUGAUCUGAAAACACAUGAAAGGAUUCACACAGGAGAAAAGCCUUUCACAUGUACAGAGUGUGGAAAAAGUUUUACACAAAAGGGUGAUCUGAAAAAGCAUGCAAGGAUUCACACAGGAGAAAUGCCUUUCACAUGUACUGAGUGUGGAAAAGGUUUUACACAAAUGCAUAGUCUGAAAACUCAUGAAAGGAUUCACACAGGAGUAAGGCCUUUCACAUGUACUGAGUGUGGAAAAAGUUUUACACAAAUGGAUCAUCUGAAAAAUCAUGAAAUGAUUCACACAGGAGAAAAGCCUUUCACAUGUACUGAGUGUGGAAAAAGUUUUACACGAAUGGAUUUUCUGAAAACUCAUGAAAUGAUUCACACAGGAGAAAAGCCUUUCACAUGUACUGAGUGUGGAAAAAGUUUUACACGAAUGGGUCGUCUGAAAACUCAUGAAAGGAUUCACACAGGAGUAAGGCCUUUCACAUGUACAGAGUGUGGAAAAUGUUUUACACAAAUGUAUAAUCUGAAAAGGCAUGAAAGGAUUCACACAGGGAAAAAGCCUUUCACAUGUACUGAGUGUGGAAAAAGUUUUACACGAAAGAGUGAUCUGAAAACUCAUGAAAGGAUUCACACAGGAGUAAAGCCUUUCACAUGUACAGAGUGUGGAAAAAGUUUUACACGAAAGUGUGAUCUAAAAGCUCAUGAAAGGAUUCACACAGGAGAAAAGCCUUUCACAUGUGCAGAAAGUGGGAAAAGUUUUACACAAAAGUGUAAACUGAAAACUCAUGAAAUGAUUCACACAGAAAAAAAGCCUUUCAAAUGUACAGAGUGUGGAAAAAGCUUUACACAAAAGGGUAAUCUGAAAAAGCAUGUAAGGAUUCACAUAGGAGAAAUGCCUUUCACAUGUACUGAGUGUGGAAAAAGUUUUACACGAAUGAAUAGUCUGAAAACUCAUGAAAGGAUUCACACAGGAGUAAGGCCUUUCACAUGUACUGAGUGUGGAAAAAGUUUUACACGAAUGGAUCAUCUGAAAUCUCAUGAAAUGAUUCACACAGAAGAAAAGCCUUUCACAUGUACUGAGUGUGGAAAAAGUUUUACACAAAUGAAUAGUCUGAAAACUCAUGAAAUGAUUCACACAGGAGAAAAGCCUUUCACAUGUACUGAGUGCGGAAAAAGUUUUACACAAAUGGAUCGUCUGAAAAUUCAUGAAAUGAUUCACACAGGAGAAAAGCCUUUCACAUGUACAGAGUGUGGAAAAUGUUUUACACAAAUGUAUAAUCUGAAAAGGCAUGAAAGGAUUCACACAGGGAAAAAGCCUUUCACAUGUACAAAGUGUGGAAAUAGUUUUACACGAAAGAGUGAUCUGAAAACACAUGAAAGGAUUCACACAGGAGAAAAGCCUUUCACAUGUACAGAGUGUGGAAAAAGUUUUACACGAAACAGUGAUCUGAAAAAGCAUGAAAGGAUUCACACAGGAGAAAAGCCUUUCACAUGUACUGAGUGCGGAAAAAGUUUUACACAAAUGGAUCGUCUGAAAACUCAUGAAAUGAUUCACACAGGAGAAAAGCCUUUCACAUGUACAGAGUGUGGAAAAUGUUUUACACACAUGUAUAAUCUGAAAAGGCAUGAAAGGAUUCACACAGGGAAAAAGCCUUUCACAUGUACAAAGUGUGGAAAUAGUUUUACACAAAAGAGUGAUCUGAAAACACAUGAAAGGAUUCACACAGGAGAAAAGCCUUUCACAUGUACAGAGUGUGGAAAAAGUUUUACACGAAACAGUGAUCUGAAAACUCAUAAAAUAAUUCACACAGGAGAAAAGCCUUUCACAUGUACAGAGUGUGGAAAAUGUUUUACACAAAUGUAUAAUCUGAAAACACAUGAAAGGAUUCACAAGGGAAGAAACCUUUCACAUGUUUAGAAAGUUGAAAAAAGUUUUUUAUUGAAAUCAGGUAUCACAAAACACUAACGGCUAGAUUACGAGUUCUGCGUUAGCCUUAAAAAGCAGCGUUAAGGGGUCCUAACGCUGAUUUUUAAUGCCCGCUGGUUUUACGAGUCUGGCAGGUACAGGUGUACCGCUCACUUUUUUUCUGCGACUCAAGGCUACCGCAAAUCCCCUUACGUCAAUUGUGUAUCCUAUCUUUUUAAUGGGAUUUGCCUAACGCCGGUAUUAUGAGUCUUGGAAGAAGUGAGCGGUACAGCCUCUACCUCCAAGACUCCUACCGCAUAAUAAAGUCAGUAGUUAAGAGUUUUAUGGGCUAACGCGAAACAUAAAGCUCUUAAUUACAGUGCUAAAAGUACACUAACAACCAUAAACUACCUAUGAAACCCUAAACCGAGGCCCCCCCACACCGCAAACACUAUAAUAAAAAAAAUUAACCCCUAAUCUGCCGACCGGACAUCGCCGCCACAAUCAUUAUCUCUAUGAACCCCUAAUCUGCUGUCCCUAACAUCGCCGACACCUAUAUUAUAUUUAUUAACCCCUAAUCUGCCGACCAGACAUCGCCGCCACUAUAAUAAAUAUAUUAACCCCUAAACCGCCGCAAUCCCUCCUCACAAACCCUAUAAUAAAUUGUAUUAACCCCUAAUCUGCCCCCCACGUUGCCGCAAUUUACCUACAAUGAUUAACCCCUAAUCUGCCACCCCCAACAUCGCCGCUACUAUAAUAGUUAUUAACCCCUAAACCUAAGUCUAACCCUAACACCCCCCUAAAUUAAAUAUAAUUUA